AUGAGUAGCGACUCAUUCUUCCCACCACCGACGGUGCGCAUUCAGCGCAGUACUAGCACGAAUUCCCAAGCACCUGAGGGGGAUGUGCGACGUUCCAAGUCUCAGGGAUCGAAUGAGCGUAGGACCGGCUCCUCGAGACACCUUAUUGGCAGACCUGGUCGUAAGAGCCACGGUCAUGGUGAUCAAGGACACGAUUCGAUAUCAAGGCAUCCAUCUCAACGCCGUUCUUCUGGCUUGUUUGAGAGUUCGAAUGACCCUGAGUUAUCGAAUCUCGAUAUGAAUCGGUUUUUACGUUGGUCGUCCAACUCGAGCAUGGAUGACACGUUUCGAGCCGAAAGCCCCGCCAGUACAUCGAAGGACGCAAUCUCACGAGAAUCAGACCUUUUUGAUCAUUCCGCUUUACGAGCGUCCAUAUCAACGCCCGCGCGCAUUGCAUCCAUGCCGUGGGAAAUGCACUCGGAUGACGAACACAGACACGACCUGGAAGCCCCCGCGCAUCCUUCAGAUUCAGGCCGCAAUAUACCCAUGAUCCUUGUGAACCACGCUGAUGAAGAAUCUGGGCCUGUCCCACCGGAGACUCCAUCAGAAAAUGACAAGAAUAAGGGCACAGAGGCGAGUCGUUCAACACCUCUUUUGGGCAAUUUCAUGCCCAAGUUUUCUUCUUUAUGGCUUUUAGGUGGUGACUCAGGUGAUCGAGAUGAGCAGGGGAGGGAUCAGACUAACAGUGAAGCACAAGAUACCCAUACAGAGUCUUCGACGAAAAACGGCGAUGUGGCGUUGCAUUCAGAUGAAUUGGUCGAUUACCUUGACGUCCUUGAUCCUGCUGUCGGUCUAUUCAAUACUCUGCAAGACUAUGGUAAUAGUGCGAUGUUGCCCAACUUGCCAUGGUUAUACAGUCGGCGACCUACUCUCCGACUCAACCAAGUGUUUUCACCUGAGGCUCGAGACGAAAUACAAUCUCCAGAGUCGCCUAUCUCUCCGGAAUCAAGGAGGGGUAGUGAUGCAGUCAACUCGAUGGAUUCUAUGUCUCCGACAUGCAAACCGGUCAGCGACGGUAAUAUGUGUACGAUUCCCAUGCCCGAGAUGCUACCCGCGACAUUUUAUUCAGGAGAGGAAGAAAGACCAACCUCUGAGAAUAGCAGUGGCAAUUCGAUCGACGAGUCAUUUAAAGAAGAUGAGCACCUUGCCGAGUAUAGGAAUACUGACGAUCCGCAUACCGAAAGAUACUGGCAAAUGGAUAAAGAGGAACGCCUCGAAUUGGAAGCACAUGUGCGCUACUUAUUGACGCGUAAGUCUAAGACCAAACGCAUGUUGCGUGGUUUUUGGAACUUUGUGCGCACACCUAUGGGUUUCAUUCUCACAACGUACAUUUCUCUUAUCGCUUCUUGGGGUAUUGUAAUUUUCUUGCUUAUUGUAAACUGGGUCCAUGUUGAACCAUACCACCGGCGUCGCGUGUGGAUCGAGGUGUGCGAUCAAGUACUUUGUGCCUUGUUCGUGCUUCGUGGUGUGGGUUUCAUGCCGUUCCGUGUUGUUGAUACCUACCGCAUGGCGCACAUCGCACACUUUCACUUUUUGACGUACAAGCGCCGUAAACUACUAAAUUUGCCAAGACUCAAAAAUGAAAAUGAAUUGCCGCGUUAUACGCGCGAGAGAUUGGAGAAUGCCACCAAACAUGAUGAUGAAAACCCCGCACCUUCACCCGUCGAGGCCGAUAUGGAGCUGUUGGAUCCAUCACGCGAUCUGGAGGCGAUUGGCGUAAAAAAUGCUCACCAUGUACGAACGAAGCCAUACCACUUUGAGCAGCUUCUUCAACCACUGCCUGGUCAACCAAAUACGGUGGAACUUUCCAUCGAGGAGAUUGAAAAAGCACGACUCACACGUGCACCAUCGAUCCAAUCGAUGGUGGAUAAGGAGACGCAUGAAGUGAGUGUCUUGACCCCCUCUGAACAGGCCCAGCUGCAGCAUCAUCAGCACAGCUUCCACUCAUCUCACACAUUCUAUCGGUACCGUGAGACGGCGACGCAUCGUCCAUUUCCUCUCUGGCUCAUGAUGACCAUUGUGAUUCUCCUUGAUAUAUAUUCUAUGCUGCAGGCAUGUCUUGCAGGAACUACAUGGGGCAUUCGGUAUGAGAGGCGUCCUACAGUCUUAACUGCGACAAUUAUCAGUUGCUCGCUCUCGUGCAAUGCUAUCGCAGGCAUCUUGAUCUGGCAGGGUGGGAAUCGCACACGCAAGACAGAAGUGGUGAAGAACCGGGUCAAGUUGGCAAUUGAGGAACAAGCUAUUCAGCGGAUGGAGCGCAAACGCAAAAAGCAAGAAGAGCCUUCUAAGAGACACACGCUUCCCUUUGUGAAACGUUCAUCUAAAGAUUAG